AUGGCUUCCGCAAGCGGAAACCUGGUUUUCAAAGAUGGUGGUAGUAGCAACAAACUCCCUCUAAUUUUUGGAGAAUAUUUUGACUUCUGGAAAAUCCGCAUGAAAGCAUAUUUAGAAGCACAAGGAGAUGGUAUAUGGGAAAUCGUUGAAAAUGUUCCACAUAAUCCAACUAGUGUGGUCAAUGGUGUUGGCACUCCGAAGGUUAAAAAUUCAUAUGAUGAAGACGAUAAGAAAAGAAUACUUAAUGAAAAGAAAUCUAUCAAUAUUCUUCAAAGUGCAUUAAGUAUGGAUGAGUUAUUCCGCAUAUCUCAAUGUAAAUUGGAAAAAGAAAUAUGGGACACUUUGGUGGAUACUCACGAAGGAACCACUGAAGUUAAAAGAUCCAGAUUAAACAAAUUAAGUCAAGAAUAUGAAAUAUUCAUAAUGCAGUCCGGAGAAUCCAUUAUUGCAUUGCAGAAAAGAUUUGUUCACUUGGCGAAUAAUUUAAUUGCUCUCGGAAAGACCUUUACAAAUGAUGAUCUCAACCUUAAAGUGAUAGUAUCCUUGACUAGAGAAUGGCAACCAAAAGUAACGGCCAUAUCGGAGAAGAAAAGUGUUUCUACUAUGACGUCCGCAUCAUUAUUCAGAAAACUCCAAAAACAUGAACUUGAACUUGGAAGACUUGAAAAGCAUGAAAGGAAAAUGGAGUCUUCCACAUCUACACAAGAUAUCACAUGCUAUGAAUGUGGAAAGCAAGGUCAUAUAAAGUUGGAUUGUUCGAAACUCUCAAAGAAAGGUGGCUUUAAAGGCAAGAAGGAAUUCAAGAAUAAAAAGGCGUAUGUUUCAUGGGAAGAUAAUGAGAUAAGUUCUUCAUCCAGAUCGGAAAGCGACGAAAGUGUAAAUUUAGUAUUAAUGACUUCACACCAUUCCAACAAUGAAGAAGAUGAGGUUAAUAAUGAGUUUUCUCUGUAUGAUAGUGAUGCACAAGGUGCUAUAAAUGAACUUCUUAAAGAAUGCAAAAUUCUGUAUAAAACAAUAUCAUCUCAAAAGAAACUAAUUUCAACUCUAGAAGAAAAAGUCGUGACAAUGGAAAAAGAUGUCGAUGAUGAAAAACAUAAGAUGAUUAGUGAAAAACAAAAUUUUGUAUGCUUGAAAACCACAUCAAACCUUUGGUAUCUUGAUAGUGGUUGUUCCAAGCAUAUGGCGGGAGACAUUAACAAAUUCUCAAAUCUAGAAUUAAAGGCCAAAGGUUAUGUCAUUUAUGGUAAUAAUGACAAAGGAAGAAUUCUUGGUAUAGGCAAAGUUAGAGCACCACCUUUCACAUCCAUUGAAGAUGUCAUUUAUGUCAAAGGACUAAAGCACAAUUUUCUAAGUAUUAGCCAACUUUGUGACAAAGGCUUCAAAAACAAGUUCACUAAGGAUGAAUACUUGAUUGAAGAUGAAGUCACACAAGAGGUAAAACAUAAAGGUACGAGAUUUAAUAAUAUAUUUAUGAUUUCCCUUGAUGGUGUGUCUUAG